AUGACGCCGCAGGCGGCGACCGCGGAGCACCGCGGGGACGGCGUCGACCGGCGUAACGCCCACCACGAGCGAUCGGCCCGCGAGAGGAGCGAGCGCGAGGCGGGAAUGAGGGCGUUCGAGCCGCCGCCGGACGAGGAGGGGGCGGUGGAGCACCUGAGCGCGUCCGUCGUGCUCGCGGCGGUGGAGGAGAGCGGGCCCAACUACCUGCUGCCGAAGGCGCCGGAGCCGGUCAAGUCGCGCCGGAAGCGGCUCAUGGUGGACGAGGCAGCAAGGCAGGCGGGUCAGGUGAUCCUCGAGACGGGCACGCGAGUCGAGAUCUUCGCGGAGGAUUCGGGGGAGGAGAUAGGGAGGCGUGCCGAAUACUACCUAGCGCGACACCGCCGGCGCUGCGCCUGCUUCCUUGCGCGCCGCUGGACGUCGGCCGAAAAGACCGCUUCCCUCUGGGGACCCGACUCCGCGAAGAUCGCGCGCGCGUCGUGA